AGCCUGCCUUUUGACUUUUGAACCUAUGCUGGUGAGUAUAUAUAUUGGAGCCCAACCAUCCUUGAAUUCAUACAAAAUAUUCCAAGCAAUUAACAUAUCUCUCUCUCUCUCUCUCGAACAUAUUAAUUUGGUGUAAACACACAGAAACACCUAUUAGUGUGUGAAAAAGAAAAAAGAAAAAGAGGAAAAUGGAGGCCUCAAGAAAGGAGCAGGAUUUGAAGGCAGAAGUUAAGGUUUCUGAAGAGAGCACUCUUGAUUGGAGAGGAAAGCCUUCCAACCCCCAAAAGCAUGGGGGCAUGAGAGCUGCUGCCUUUCUUCUAGGGCUUCAAGGAUUUGAGAUAAUGGCAAUAGCAGCAGUUGGGAAUAAUCUGAUAACAUAUGUUAUAAAUGAGAUGCACUUUUCCCUCUCAAAAGCUGCAAAUAUAGUUACAAAUUUUAUUGGAACACUCUUCAUCCUCUCACUCCUUGGUGGAUUCCUCUCUGAUUCUUAUCUCGGUUGCUUCUGGACCACUCUCAUCUUUGGUUUCAUUGAACUCUCGGGUUUGAUCCUGCUAUCGGUGCAAGCCCAUUUGCCCGAGCUGAAGCCGCCACCGUGUGACAUGGUAAAGGAUAGCGCGCAAUGUGUGGAAGCCAAAGGGUUGCAAGCCCUAACAUUUUUCGUGGCUCUUUAUUUGGUGGCGUUAGGGAGUGGGUGCGUUAAGCCUAACAUGGUAGCUCAUGGGGCUGACCAAUUCAACCAAGAUGAUCCAAAACAAUCCAAGAAACUCUCCUCCUACUUCAAUGCUAUCUACUUUGCCUUCUCAUUGGGCGAACUUGUUGCCUUGACCCUUCUCGUUUACGUCCAGACACACUCGGGCAUGGAUAUCGGCUUUGGUGUCUCGGCAGCCGCCAUGGCUAUGGGCCUCAUUAUCAUCAUUUCCGGCACGCUUCUCUAUCGGAACAAGCCUCCCCGAGGAAGCGUAUUGACACCUAUCGCACAGGUGAUUGUGGCUGCAACUCGAAAUAGAAAGCAUGUGUGCCCAUCUGACAACACCAUAUCCGACAGUUUUCCCAAUAGUCAACCCACCCUAAGAUUCAGAUUGUUGAACAAAGCAUGCAUGAAGAAAGAGGAAGGAGAGAGUAGUAAAUGGAGAGUAUGCAGUGUGAAGCAAGUGGAGCAAGUGAAAACUCUGAUAUCAGUGCUUCCAAUCCUAUGCUGCACAAUCAUCUUCAACACCAUCCUCGCCCAGCUCCAGACCUUCUCCGUCCAGCAAGGCGCCGCCAUGAACACCCGCCUCUCCUCCUCCUUCCACAUCCCCCCCGCCUCCCUCCAGGCCAUCCCCUACCUCAUCCUCAUCUUCGCCGUCCCCCUCUACGACGCCGCCGCCCCCCGCUCCAUCACCCCCCUCCGCCGCCUCGGCGCCGGCCUCCUCCUCUCCACCUUCUCCAUGGUCGCCGCCGCCCUCGUCGAGCGCAGGAGAAGGGGCAGCUUGCUGUCGAUAUGGUGGAUCGCGCCGCAGUUUGUGAUAUUUGGGGUGUCGGAGAUGCUGACGGCGGUGGGGCUGGUGGAGUUCUUCUACAAGCAGCCGCUGGAGGGGAUGCGGGCCUCGCUCACGGCCGUGACCUACUGCUCGUACUCGUUCGGCUUCUUUUUGAGCUCGGUGCUGGUGUCGCUGGUGGACGGGGCGACGGGGUGGCUCAGGGAUAAUGACCUUGAUAAGGAUCGGUUGGAUCUGUUUUAUUGGCUGUUGGCGGUGCUUAGCUUUCUUAAUUUUCUUAACUAUCUGUUUUGGGCUAAUUGGUAUUCCAGUGGUGUUAGGGUUGGUGGUGAUGGUGAUGGUGAUAGUGUUGUGUGAUUUGGUUUGGAGAUGCAAUGGGGUGUAACUAAUACUAUGCUUUAAUUAGCAUAUGAAAUGUACAGGAUAUGUAUGUCAUAAUUUGUAGAUCAGGUCAUUUGAUCAUUAAGGUUAUAAAAAUGGUGUUGCUUAUCCA